AUGCCUACAAUCAUCGGGGUAGACGUUGGCGGCACCAACACGGAUGCGGUGGCUAUCGAUCUGGUCUUGAGCGAAACAAGCCCAAUUGAAAGCGUACUUGGCUCUGCAAAGAUUCCUACAACUUCAGACACGAGCCAUGGUAUCAACGAAUCUCUCAAAAGGGUGAUUCACGGCCUUUCACAGGAGGCCAGAGACGACAUUAUCGCCGUCAAUAUCGGAACUACGCAUUUCAUAAAUGCUGUCAUCGAAAAGGACUCCAGAAAACUGGCCAAGAUUGCUGUUCUGCGUCUGAGCGGGCCAUAUGGCAGGGAGGUGCCUCCAUUUGCAGGUCUUCCUGACGAUCUGAGGGAGAUUGUUGAAGGAUACAGCGAGUCCUUACCCGGCGGCCUUGAGAUUGAUGGCAGAGUCAUUACGCCCCUUGAUGAAGAUGCUGUGAAAAGAGCAGCAGAAGAGAUUCGGAAAGCAGGAAUCAGAGAUAUUGCGAUUAUUGGGAUUUACUCUCCGAUAGACUCUGAACUGCACCAGGAAGCUAGGGUCGCUGAGAUUCUUCGUUCUGUCCUGGGAGAAGACACCAACAUUACUCUUUCACACAACGUGGCAGGCAUUGGGUUCAUUGAGAGAGAGAAUGCCACCAUCCUCAACGCAACCAUAUUACCUUUUGCACGCAAAACUCUCAGGCAGUUUCAGAGGUCGGUUCGAGAUUUAAAUCUCUCUGCAAAUUUAUUUCUCACCAAGAAUGACGGCACCCUAAUCAGUGCAGAAGAUGCAUCAGCUCUACCCGUUUCGACCUUCUUAUCAGGUCCUACAAACUCGCUAACAGGAGCCGUCUUCCUCGCCAAUAUCCAAGACCGUCUCAACCAGGGCGCUCUGGUCCUCGACAUUGGCGGAACGACAUCCGAUGUCUGUGCUGUAGAACCAUCGGGCCUUCCACGCCCAGCAGCAGCAUUCUCUCAUCUAGCAGGGGUGAGGACAAACUUUGCUGUCUCCGAUUUGCGCAGCAUAGGUGUUGGAGGAGGCUCCGUCGUCCAACUGAACGAGUCCCAGAAGGUGACUGUUGGACCCCGUUCUGUGGGAAAAGACUUGACACGGCAGGCUCGAGUCUUCGGAGGUUCUACACUGACUACCACUGAUAUACUUGUUGCCAGCGGGCUUGAGGGUCUAGGUGACAGUUCACUGGUUUCCGAUAUCCCAUCCUCAGUCGUUGGCCAAGUCAAAGACAAGAUUAAUCUUCUCCUGUCAACAGUGCUUGACGAAAUGAAGACGACCGAAGCGGAAGUCCCAGUUAUCCUAGUAGGAGGCGGCAGUAUCCUCUGCUCCAACAAACUACAGGGCGUAUCAGACAUCAUUCGGCCUCCCUUCGCCCAGGUCGCCAACGCUGUUGGGGCAGCAAUGGCAAGAGUCUCGGGUGUCAGUGAUGCCAUUGUCCACAUCUCUGAUGACAAGUCGGAGGAAGAAGCCGUCAGACGAGUUCGAGAGCAAGCCAUCUCUCAAGCUCGUCAAAAUGGGGCAGACAACCCUGAGGUCGUGGAGGAGACUAUCCUGCCGGUUCCCUACGUCAGCACCAGGUCUCUUCAUAUCAACGUUCGAGCUGUCGGUAGGCUUUCAACAACAGGAUUCACGCCUAGCCAAACAAUGCCCUCGUCGUUGGCCCAGGAUACAGAGCAAGACGACAAUGGCGACACGCUUGAAACCUCCACGUCGAUAACAGAGCCAUCUUUGAGUGCCGAGGGUAAAUCACCGCCUUCCAUAUUCACCGCAUCUUACCGCCCAAAGAUUGUUCACGGCCGAUGGACCCUAUCUCAAAUCGACCUCGACCUGAUUGCAGAAGGUUGCGCCAUCCUUGGUUGCGGCGGUGGAGGAGACGUCUACGCAAGCCACCUCAGCGUAAAGAAGCUAUUUGCUGCUGGCGGCUCUGUGGAUGUGAUAUCUCCCCAAAAUUUGCCCGACGAAGGAUUCAUCCCGGCCGUUGCUGUCAUGGGCUCUCCAAGCACCUUCUCAGAGCGACUGCCAUCCGGCGAAGAGCUCAAAAACUCGGUCAACGCUGUGCUAAGAUCACAAGGUCUUGGCCUUGAUGACUUGACUGCGGUGAUGAGUCUCGAAAUUGGAGGCUCAAAUGGCAUGAGAGGGAUACAAGCGGCGCUCUGGACAGGUAAACCUCUCAUUGACGGCGAUUUGAUGGGUCGCGCGUAUCCAAACCUAUGGCAAGUUACCCCUAAUAACGCGGGUAUAUCACUUGCACCUGCAGCUGCUUCAGACGGCAAGGGCAAUACGGUAGUGCAAGUUCAAUCGAACUCCAACCGAGACAUUGAGGAUGUGCUGCGCGCUGUGUGCGUCCAGAUGGGACAGGCAGCAGGAAUAUCCCUUGGAGCAUUAACAGGCCAGCAGGUGAAGCAAGUCGCCGUUCAGUCUUCAAUCUCUCUUGCUUGGCGACUUGGCCGAGCUGUACAGCUAGCCAGAGCAGAGAAGCAAGACAUUGUGGACAGCAUCCUCGCUACUCAUCCUGGAAGAAAGAUCCUGAGUGGCAAAAUCACCAGCGUGACGCGCCAUGUUCGCGGAGCUUUCACAGAAGGCUCAGCCAAGAUUGUCCCCUUCGACACAGAGGUGCCAACCGAAAAUGAAAUCAGAAUCACAUUCCAGAACGAGAAUAUCCAGGCGUUCCGAGUCAAAGACCAGGUCACCCUUGCCAGUGUGCCUGAUCUCAUCUGCUUGCUUGAUGCUGAAGACGGCAGGGCACUUGGGACACAAGAUUAUCGAUACGGGCUUCGAGUUCAUGUUGUGGUCUUGGUUGGAAACUCGCAGUGGACAGAGGGAGAAGGUCUAAGGAAUGGAGGGCCCGCAGCUUUUGGGUGA